AUGUUGUUAAAUUACUUUUCAAUAACUUGUGACCAAAAGAAACAAUACGUGCUUGUACCUGGUGGUGCUGGUUUUAUUGGUAAUCAUUGUGUUAUUGAAUUGAUUACAGCUGGUUAUACACCAAUUGUAGUAGAUAAUGAACAUAAUUCAUCAGCAGAAUGUUUAAAACGUGUUGAACAAAGUACUGAAUGUCAAAUAAUUAAUUAUAAAAUUGACUGUCUUGAUCUUGAAAAUUUACGAAAUAUUUUUAAAAAAUAUUUAAUUUAUACAAUAAUCAAUUGUGCUGCACUUAAAUCAGUUGGUACACCAAAAUAUUUACCACUUGAUGAAAAACAUUCAUGUAUUGGUGAUGCUAUUACUAAUCCAUAUAGUAAAAGUAAAUAUAUAUGUGAACAUAUUCUUAAAGAUACAAUAGUUGCUCAUCCUGAAUGGAAUAUCAUUCUUUUACGUUAUUUUAAUCCUGUUGGUGCUCAUAAAACAGGUUUAAUUGGUGAAGAUCCUAUUGGUAAACCAAAUAAUCUUAUGCCAUAUAUUGCACAAGUAGCUGUUGGUCGUUUACCAUAUGUUAAUAUUUUUGGUACUGAUUAUGAUACUCUAGAUGGUACAGGUGUUCGAGAUUAUAUACAUGUUGUUGAUGUAGCUAUAGGUCAUAUUGCAGCAAUGAAACAAUUUGAAAUGAAUUGUGGUUUAAAAAUUUAUAAUCUUGGUACUGGUAAAGGUUAUUCUGUAUUAGAAAUGAUUAAAGCAUUAGAAAAAGCAUCAAGCAAAACAAUGUCUUAUAAAGAAUGUUCUCGACGUCCAGGUGAUCUUGCAACUAUGAGUAAUAUUUACAUUCAAGAGCCAGCUACUCGUGGCAAAGUUGUUUUAGAUACAACUGUUGGUGAUAUUGAAAUUGAACUUUUCUCUAAAGAAUGUCCAUUAGCAUGUCGAAAUUUUGUUCAAUUAUGUAUGGAUUGUUAUUAUGAUGGUACAGUUUUUCAUCGAGUUGUACCAAAUUUUAUUGCACAAGGUGGUGAUCCAACUGGAACAGGUGAAGAAGGUGAAUCAUCAACUAGUGAAUUCUUUGCAGAUGAAUUUCAUACACGUUUACGUUUUAAUCGUCGUGGUCUAGUUGGUAUGGUAAAUCAAGGACCAAAUACUAAUGCUAGUCAAUUCUUUUUACUUUGGGUAGUACUCCAGAACUUGAUAAAAAGAAUACAUUA